AUGAUUAGACCGACCGUUCCUGUGCAGAUAGAGAUAGGGGCAGUGGAGGAAGAGACAGCCCACGAAGAAAAAAUCAUUAGACCACUUCAACAUCAGGGCGUCGAAUCAGGAAUCGCUGGACGUAACCAGAUGGUAAUGGUUAACCGACACCAGGAUGCCGACCAUAUUGUCGAUCAACAUCGACAAGAAGAUCUGGCAGUGGAAAAUAAUUUGACAACUAUUGUCGAAAGGAUUAUGGCUAGAAAUGACAUGAGUGCUACAUUACAAAGGCCAUUAUACGUGUCCCCGUUAGCUGAAUUCAUUCUCCAAGCUGAGGCGCCUAGGGGGAUGAAAGUGCCAAAGUACAUAAAAUUUGGGGGAGAAUCUGGUGAAUCGACAAUAGAGCACGUCACCAGAUACCUAAUAGAGUCAGAGGAUUUAGCUCAUAACGAAUGUUUAAGAGUAAAAAACUUCCCCUUCUCUCUAACCAAGGUUGCCUUCACAUGGUUUACGUCGUUGGCCCCUAGUUCAAUCGACUCAUGGGCCAAAUUAGAAAAGAAGUUCCAUGAACAGUUUUACGAAGGACAUUCCAAAAUCAAUUUGGCAGAGUUGUCCAAUAUUAAGAGAAGGGAUUUGGUUCAGAAAGCGAUCCAAGAAGGCAUGCUGAAAUUUGCUGGCCGUAGAAUGAAGAUCGACACUGAUCCUCUUCACCAGGAGGAAGCCCUGUUCGUAGAACCAGUCGAGAUCAACAUGGUCGAGAUCAGCAAAUAUGAUGAGGCCAACAUGCUGGAGAAAAUUGGGGAAAGCCCAGAUGUCAAUAGUUGA